AUGUUCCUUACAUUGGGGGUCAGUGGGAAGAAUGUCCCUUGCUUUGGUUGUCAGUGGGAAGAAUGUCCCUUACAUUGGGGAUCAGUGGGAAGAAUGCCCCUUACAUUGGUGAUCAGUGGGAAGAAUGUCCCUUACAUUGGGGGUCAGAGGGGAAAAAUGUUCCUUACAUUGGGGGUCAAUGGGAAGAAUGUCCCUUGCAUUGGUGGUCAGUGGGAAGAAUGUCCCUUGCAUUGGUGGUCAGUGGGAAGAAUGUCCCUUGCAUUGGUGGUCAGUGGGAAGACUGUCCCUUACAUUGGUGAUCAGUGGGAAGAAUGCUCCCUACAUUGGUGGUCAGAGGGGAAAAAUGUUUCCUUACAUUGGGGGUCAAUGGGAAGAAUGUUCCUUACAUUGGGGGUCAGUGGGAAGAAUAUCCCUUACAUUGGGGGUCAGUGGGAAGAAUGUCCCUUACAUUGGGGGUCAGUGGGAAGAAUGUUCCUUACAUUGGUGAUCAGUGGGAAGAAUGUCCCUUACAUUGGUGGUCAGUGGGAAGAAUGCUCCUUACAUUGGUGAUCAAUGGGAAGAAUGCUCCUUACAUUGGUGAUCAGUGGGAAGAAUGCUCCUUACA